AUGUUUGCUGUUCUGUGUUAUUAAGAAAAGAAUAAAAGAAAAACAGGGAAGAAAGGAAGAAAGAAAAAAAGGGAAGAAUGGGAAUAGAGAUGGUAUAGAUAGCAAUUUCUGCUUUAUAUAAUUUCACUAAAAAAUCAAAAACUUGAUAAAAAAUAAAUUAACAAAAAAAUAUUAUUCAAUAAAAUAAAUAAGAAAAACAAAAACACUUAAAAAAUUAUUAAAAACUAAUAAAAUAAACAUACAAUACAUACAAACAUAAUAAAAAUGAGCAAUAUGGAACAAAACGCUGCCAAAUUCUGCACUGACUGCAACAGAUUUUAUGGAAAUCCCGCUAAUGACAACCUCUGCUCUGCCUGUUUCAAGAAGAAAUUCAAAAACUCUGCUCCCGUUGUUUAAUAGCCCCCUGUUUAAGUACAAUAACAAUAAUAACCUGUCGCUGUUUAGCCUGUCCAAGAACCUAUUGUUGUUGAAUAACCUGCAUAAAAUCCCGAAGUUCCUUAAAAACCUAAAUAGGAAGAUCAUUCCAGAUGCUGGACCUGCAAAAAGAAAGUCAACUUAUUAGGUAUCAAGUGCAAGUGCGAUUUCACUUUCUGCAACAAGCACAGAAUGCCUGAAGAUCACUAAUGUGAAUAUGACCACGCUUAAUUCGGCAAAGAAUUACUCAAACAAAACAACCCCUUAGUACAAAAGGCCAAGCUCGAAAAGAUCUGA